UAAAAUUCAAUUUUUAAAAAUUGUUUUCAGUUGUUGCUUACGUGUAAGUAAACUAAAGUCGUCAUGAUGAAAAUUAUCAUAUUAUUCACGUUAUUUUCAAUUAUUAAUGUAUCGUAUGUAGCCGGCGGCAACUCAUGCAAAUCUCAAGGUACAAGCAUUAAAAGUAAAAACUUGGGAAGGUAUGACAAGCUUAGUGAUAAUUUAAAUGAUAUACCAGAACCACCAAACACUGAACAAAAUUAUCCGGGAGAGAGUUCAUGUUCCAACGAAAAUCAACAGGAAAAGUUGGUGGAAGAAUUGGAAGAAUUGUACCGCGUGGAAAUUUUACAAUUGUUAAAUUCUAUGCCGACGUUAGACAAGAAGGAUGUUAAGUUUGACCAAAACGACAUUAAACUACUUACGGAAGAAUGCAAACUUGACAAAAACUGUUUAAAACAGAAAAAAGCAUCGGUCAAAAAGUAUCAGCAGAAAAUGCAAGCGAUCCAGUGCAUAAACGGUUUGUUCGUUUUGAAAGUUUUGGACGACCUGAAAACAAUGGAGCCAGUUUUUCAACAUCAACAUUAUCUAAAAAGCAUGUUGUCGCUGUUGAGCAUAGCGAAAUGGGUCGCUUAUCCUUGGCAGAUCGAAAUGUUCACCUUUGCGGAGGGUCUCGCGGCCUCGGACGCCGACUUGGGUUUAUACGAAGAACAUUUGAAAAAUAACGAAAAACGCAUACGGGACAACACGUUAGCGGUCGUUUGCCAAUGUGUCAAUGAUAAAUAUUUAUUAUCGUAUCGAGACAAAACGUCGUCGUCGUCAGUGACGUCAACGAUGAUAUCUGGUCUCGUCGAAGGCGUUUAUUCGCAGAUGCAGUUGUUGUACAAAAGCGACGAGUUCAGGCACUACGGUCACCUGGAACUGUACACUGCACGCAAUCUUAUGUUGUGGCAUCUGCACACACGUCACGAUGUCAUUUUCGACUUGGCAAUGUACGACUACCAACUGGACACGAGUAACGUGGAACGUCAAUUGAUGGGAUACGUGGCGCAGUACAAUCCCCAAGAGUCGUACCACGGAUGGAUAUUGGACCCGAUCGGCGGCAAUAAGUACAAUGUGCUGAUCUCCAAAUGCAUUUACCUGAGACUCGUGUACGCCGCGUGGGUUCAUUUGUAUACAUACCGCAUCUUGCUGAGCCGAUCGUCCGAAGUGAACGCGUCACUGUUGGAAGUCUGGAAAACCCUCGUCGAUCCCCUGAAACGUGCCUUGAGGUUGUUUCGGUUUAACGGAAACAUCUACUGGUCUGCAUUAAACAUUAUGAUGGACGACUUAAGUAACAUCGGCAUAGAACAACUAGCGGCACGGGAACGGUAUACGAGAAAUUAUUUUUGUCGAGCAGCAGAAGAAUUGGAACUCGCUAGUGCAUCCGACAUAGAUCGACAGUUAAAACAAUUAAACGUUUCAGAAGACCACGGUGUAACGUAUGAGAGGAUCGAUGCAAAUUCCAACGUUCUAAAUAUGUACAUCACUAGAAUAGUUCAUGCAUUAAAGCCGAUCGAUGGCAGGUUUGUUCGUAUAAUAGUGUCCGCCGAAGGGAAUGAAACCUUUUUUAAGCAUUCGAAAAAAAAUUAAAAAUAUACAAUGAUAUAAUAAUAUUUUAUAAUAAAUAAUCAUUUUUUCCCCCUUAUAUUUACAUAAUAUUGUUAACCGUUAUAAUUUUCAUGCUGUAAUAUUUUUUCUUUUAUAUAAGCACUUAAAAAAAUAUAUAUACAUAUAAAUAAUUUGGUUUAGCGAUUAACGUGACGUGUAUUUCGGACGGUUCUUCAAAUCUUUUUUGGAAAGUAUGACUGAUUAAACUUCUGGAUAUGCAUAAUAUCCAUUAGAUUAUUAUUACUGUUAUUAUUACCAAAAAUUGUUUAAAUAAUAUUAUAUUACCAUUGUA